UUGAGAGGUGAGUUAUAAUUUCUUUCUUACUGAGGUUUGCCGUUGUUGCCAAUAUAUUCUCCUUUCCAAGCUAAAGAUGGCGGAAAGUUCAUCCUGACACGCACCUUGUCGCACCUGUGUCAGAUACAGCAGUGUUUAGUAGAAAAGUAACAACGAGUUAACAAAAUACACAAGUUGGCGUCACUUUAUUCAAAAGAAACGAGUCAGCAGUGUACGGCCAAGGUUAUGUACAUUCCGUUGUGUGUGAGGUGAACAAACUGAUAAAUGGGAAUUCAUAUCGUUUAAACCGGCUACGUUUCCGUAUAGCUUGCGAGGGGUCUUUCUGUAAUGCACGAUCGCUGAAUCGUUUAGGCAUUUCAUGCAGUAAUUGGUAUCGUUUUCAUCGCAGGAAACAACAUUAUGCAAAAAAUGGUCUAUUUUGCAGGUGUAAUAAUCAGAGGUGGGAAAUGAACGAGUCUGUUUACCCCAGCAACCAAUCACAUGCAGCCGUGCAGCCCAGUUAUGGAAAUAUUUUGGCUGCUAUUUUGGGAAGUCUUCUGAUAAUCUCCACGUUAAUUGGGAAUUCUCUCGUAUGCAUAAACUUUUACUUAUUUAAGGAACUCAGAACUGUGUGCCAUUAUUUCGUCAUAAGUCUUAGUGCAGCGGACAUCUUGGUUGCUUUGGUAGCUAUGCCUUUCUGGUGUGCUUUGCAGGUCACUUCAAAUCAAUGGUUGUUUAGUCAGGAGUUGAGAAUUUUUUGGAACUGUAUGGAUAUUUUGUGCGGAAGCGCUUCAAUUAUGAACCUUGCUGCUGUUUCAAUCGACCGACAUGCAGCUAUUACAGAUCCCUUUUCCUACCAAAAUGUUAUGACUUCCGUGCGAGCAAUUGGCAUGAUUGUUUUUGUUUGGCUAUACUCCUUACUAGUCUCAGGACUGCGGUUAGCGAGUUGGCCCACGAAGUCAAGCUAUAUGCUUUUCAUCGCCCUUUCUAGCUUCUUCUUGCCCUUGUUUAUAAUGAUCGUCAUGUAUGUAAAGAUUUACUUUGUUGCGAGAAAACAAGCGCACCUUUUAAGAAGAGGCAGGAGCUAUGCGAAGGAUGUGAAAGCUGCCAAGACAAUCGCUCUUUUGAUUGGUUUGUUUGUCAUUUGUUGGGGACCAUUUUUCGCCAUCAUUCUUUGCUUUGCUUACGAUCAGUCAUGUCCAGUACCAAGCUCACUGUUUAACGUUAUCAAGUGGAUGGAGUACACAAGCUCAUGUCUGAAUCCAAUUAUCUACACUUUCCUUGAUCGCAGUUAUAGAAGAGCCUUUCGUAAACUUUGCAAGCUUGUACGCAAAAGUCGUCACCAAUCCAAUUCGUCUACUACUGCAGGAUCUCAGCUAAGAGACGGAAGCUCGUUUACUGGCAGCCAUCAGGCCUCGGACAGUGUUGUGGAUCCAAGACGCAAGCGAACUGGUUCAAUUAUUGGUGCCUGUUUGGGACCCAGCAAAGAUUCAACAAUCUAGUCAAAAUUAAUCAAUCUGAAAGAGGAAAAGUUAUGUGUACAACAUCAUUCUCUUGUGUUAUAAACUGAUGGCCGGCACUAAGAUACAAAAAUACCUACCAUGAGAACUCUGAUACUACCCGCUUAUACUCUAUUUUUACUUUUGGAGUAAAUUUUUGCUUUUGGUGAAAAGAAUUUUCCUUGAGAAAAGUAGACGGGUUGUUUUCUAGCUCUACUCUUACUCUUGAUACCGUUAAAAUGGGAUUCAUUUACAAUUUUAGCUUUCUAAUCAUUCUUCUCUA